CGUAUGUCGGGCGUCGGCGAGCACCGGCACAGACGGGAUCCAUACUUGUAUGGUUUAACUAACGUGUUGUAAAUAACUACGAACUUGACAUUGGCUAAUCUUUGUAAAGCCAGACGAGAGAGAAAAAAAAUACACACUGUAGCCAAAUAUUACCGUGCUGUAGCAGUACCCGCCUAGGAUAAUCAUAGGAUAAUAAUGUUCUGUGCUGUUCUGUAUAUAUAUAACUAUAUAUUGUGCUAUAUAUAUAACCUUACGUAGUGCAAUACUUUUGGCCAAACAAAAGAUUUGUAGGGAGUAUAUGACUACUAUACUUUAAUAAGUGCUUACUUCUAUCAUAAUAUACACUCGGUAACUAAAAAAACACUUAAAAGUGCAGUCCUGUUCAGCAACAGCGAUUCCAAGAUGAAUAAAGAUAAACGAGAAGCGGAAUAUCCUACAGAGUUGGAGUCACAGUUCGUACUGCGCUUGCCAGAAGAGCCUGCUAAAGUGCUCAGGGAACUCCUGAAGUCCGGCGAUAGCCUCAAAAACCGUCUAACGAUUCAAAUAGAGAACGACAUGAGGAAUGGCGAGGUACGGUUGGACCACUGGUUGAUGCAUGCGAAGAUCAUUGAUCUACCUACCAUCGUCGAGUCCUUGAAGACCAUAGAUAACAAGAGCUUUUACAAGACGGCAGACAUCUGCCAAAUGAUGAUCUGCAAGGAUGAGCCGGACCAGACGCCGUCGGAGGAGGAGGCUCCGUCCAAGCAUAAGAAGAAAGACCCUUAUAAGGUCGACAAAAAGUUUCUAUGGCCGCAUGGCAUCACUCCACCGACUAAGAAUGUUAGAAAACGCCGCUUCAGGAAAACUUUAAAGAAAAAGUAUGUGGAGGCCCCUGAAAUAGAGAAGGAGGUGAAGAGAUUGCUGCGUGCGGACAAUGAAGCUUGUCAGUUGAUGUGGGAAGUGAUCAAGGAAGAAGAUGAGCCACACGCUAAAUCAGAUGCCAUACAGACAGCUCCCAGCAAGCCUGAGAAGAAGACUAAAGCUGAGCGCAGCAACAAGAAGGAGAGAGACUCUAAACCUGAUAUAUCAAACCGAGACUCCUCUUCCAAUGUUGUAGAUAUAUUUGGUGGUGCAGUGAGCGACAGUGACAUUGAGGAAGAUCCGAUGGGCCGUGAGAUGGAGGAGAGCCACAUGUCUCCUUACGACAGCCGUCUGUCAGACACCAGCUCCAUAAUCGGGAUGGGUGACAUUCACAAGCGAGAUACUUAUCCUAUAGAGUUUGAAUCCCAAAUGUUUCAUGCUCAGCCAACACUUAAAAAAAAAUCCACCAAACGCCGUUCUUCAACUGUCACUUCUACAGUCACUCGAAGUGGAGGUUUGUCAUCGGAAGAAGACGUGGACUAUCUGUCCCGCGAUAUGUCCAAAGAUAACAUGUCUCUGAGAAUGGAGCAGUUGCGGACAGAGUUAGAGGAGCUCAAGCAACGCCGGCAAAGAACGCAGCAUGAAAUUGCUGGAAUGGAGAAUGUGGCUUUGCGGCAACGCUUCCAAGAUAUCUUGCACACCCUGAACCAAGACGUCAUGUAUAAGGAGAUGGAAUACCAAGGCCUCAUCACAUUGCAGAAUUCUGAGGAUAUUUGAGGAACGUAUUUCAUGUAAAUAGUGAAGCUAUUGUGCUCUCUAUUUAUAUGUGCAA